CAGAAUUGUUUAGUGACACCUUUCGUAAGGCAUCAAAAUGAGUGAAAUAACUUUACCAAAAUAUAUUCAAGAUCAUUUGGAUCGAAUUAGCAAUGAAAAUGGUUUUAUUGAUUAUUCGAUGCAAGUGAAGCAAGGCACACAGACAGGUGAUGGGCUCAUGAGUGUAUUAUGGAGUGUAACAAUUGCUGAGCACAAUAGUGAUGAAAAAUUGUAUCUUGUAUGCAAAGUGGCACCAUUGAGCCGAAAUCGUCGAAAAGAAUUCAUAUCCAAUGUUUCUUUCAAACGUGAAGCAGACUUUUACACCAACUUGAUGCCAAGUUUUAGUAAAUUUCAAGAAGACAAGAAUCUAUCGAAAGACGAUCAGUUUCUGGCCUAUCCAAAGUGUUAUGGUGCAAUUAUUGAUGAUAAAAACGAGAAUUACGCAAUUAUAUUGGAAGAUCUUAGUCAUCAAGAAUUCAAAUCAUGGGACAAAGCUAAGACCUCACCCUUUGAAAAUGUACGGUUGGCAAUGCGUGAAAUUGGUAAAUUUCAUGGAAUCUCAUUUGCAAUGAAAGAUCAGAGACCAGACGAAUUUGCUGAGUUUGAACAAUUUACGGAUAUUUACAAGAUUUUCUUUGAAUCACAAAACAUGCAAGAUAUGAUAAAUGACUCCUAUGAACAAGCUAUUGUAUCGUUGAAAAGUGAAAACUAUAAAAAUGUGAUGUGUGAUUUAAAGAACAACUUUUUGGAAUAUUUCGAUGAAUGUCUCAAUGAAAAGUCAUCAACUUAUUUCGGAGUGAUUUGCCAUGGUGACUUUUGGACUAAUAACUGUUUAUUCAAGUUCAAUGAGAAUGGUGCCGCCGAAGAUAUUCGAUUUUUGGAUUGGCCAGUGAUACGAUAUGGUUCACCAGCAAUCGAUCUGCUCUUUUAUCUAUUCACGUCCACUGAUAAGACACUUCGGGACAAGGAGUAUGACAAUUUACUUCAAUUAUACUAUGAAUCGUUGUCGAAAACUGUAAAGUUGCUGGGAAGUAGUCCGGAAUUAUUUACAUAUGAAAAUUUGCAAUCGGAGCUGAAAAGAUGUGGCAGUUUUGCACUAUUGCUGGCGCCGCUAUCAAUUCAGGUGCAACAGGCUGACACAAAUGAAGUGGCAAAUUUGAAUGAAAUGUGCGACAAAAUGGCGAAUGGGAAUAAUUCAGAUGGAUUGGUUAAUGAUUUAAAUGAAGAGGCACAAUUGAUAUACGAACAGCGUUUGAAUGAUGUCUUUGAGGAUGUCAUCAGACUUGGUUACAUUAACAAUGCCAAUUAAAUGUCUUGUUUCAUUUUGACAAACAAAAAUCUCAAAUUAUCAUUUCGUGAGCUUUGAAAUUCAAAAUCAACGAAUAAAAUAAAGAUUAAAUUUCACUUCAAAGUA